AUGGAGUCCAGCUUCGACCAUGGCUCGCCGACUGAACCGCUCCCAACCCCUCCCAUGGCAGCCUCGUCCGCCUCGCCGCUGAACGUCCAGAAGACACGCCUGGCUUCGGUAGACGGAACGCCGCUGUCGCAGUCCGAAAUCACCCUGCCUAUACGAGACCGCCGCUCGCAUCCCUCGGCAGCCUCUCUCUACGCCUCGACCUUGUCACCGCCGGGCUCCCGCUCCCAGUCGCCCGCCGGCGCCCGACUCGCCUCGCGCGUCAACUCGGGCUCUGUAUUUGGCGGCCUCGGCUCUAACAAUGCGCUCGCACUCGAGGGCGCAGGGGAUAGCCCCGGCGACCCGCUGAAUCUCAUAUGCAAGGCCUUCGUGCCGCAUGUUGCCGUCUACGCAUCCGACGAUACCGACCAGCUGCUGGGGGAGAAGGGUUUCGACCGAGGCCUCUGGCAGCUGCUACGGCCCUUUGGCGAGCGCAUACAGGGCAAGGUCAUCAUACGGGACAGUAAUGGGGCGAGUCGCACCUACGAAGAUUAUUCAGUGCAUUUCGUGAGGUUUGGCGAAGGGCUGGAGCACCCAGAGCCAACCACGGGCGGACUCAAGAAGACGCUGAACGGGUCCUUGGAAAAGACUACAGGCGGCGGCAAAGACGAACCUUCGUCUCGCGGCAGGACCCUCGCUGACGUUGAGGCUGUCGUGGAGCGCCACCUGAGCUACGCAGAAGAUUCCGCUCCUGCGGCCUCGCAGAGCCCCAUUGCCACCAAACAUGGAUUAGAUAUCGAUGUGCCAUCGCCUUACUACUCGUUGUACCUGCGCCGGCUGCUAUCGGGCCUGCCCAUAGCUCCUCAUGAGGCCUUUGCCCACCCAGUCGCAUGUGUCAUCGCGAUAAGUUCGAGGAAUCCAGCACCCAUCGAGACGCUGAGAAAUCUAUACACCCAGUCGAGCACAGGAGACAGAAGGCUGCCAAAUUGGGUGGACUCGGAAUACCUGCGAUACUAUGUACUGGUUCACGAUGAAGAGUCGGAUGACAUCACACGAUCCAUGUCGCUAUUUGAUCAAAUGAAGCGUAAUCUCGGCUUGCAUUGCCACCUGCUUAGGAUACGUGGCACACAGAGCGUUGCAACCGACGACGACAGCAUACCAUUACCGACCAGCGAGUGGAUGUCCGCUUCUGAGGAGCUGGCCAACAUCAGGAGGCACGACGACCAGGACGACCUAGAAGACCAAACGCGAUACAUUUACGAAUCUGACGCAACUGCGAUACGGACCUUCGUCCGCGAGAUGGUCACGCAGUCCAUCAUACCUACCAUGGAGCGCCACGUCUCGGUCUGGAAUGACCAGGUCGCCUCUCGGCGGAGAGGUGUGGCUGGACGCUUCCUGGGUCUGACCCGUCGGUGGGGAUUUGGCAGCACAUCCAAGUCGUCUAGCGCAACUCAGGGGUCGGGCAGCAACUACGACUCCCUGGGCUUCUAUCGCCAGGACGCACCCGAGGCCAUCAUGCGCAAGCUCGCCGAUUACGCGUUCAUGCUUCGUGAUUGGAAACUCGCCUACUCUACCUACGACAUCCUCCGCGGCGACUUUAGUAACGACAAAGCCUGGAGAUAUCAUGCGGCAACAAAUGAGAUGGCUGCCAUCAGCCUGCUCAUGCUGCCCCAGAACCUGAGCGCAAAGACCCGCGCCGAGACCAUCGACGCCAUGUUUGAGGCUGCUGUCUACUCCUACCUUACCCGCUGCACAGCUCCGUACGGCGCGGUCCGCUGUCUCAUCCUCGGCAUCGAGCUGCUCCGUCUACGCGGCGGCUCAAACAUCGACGAUGCUGCUAAAUGGGGAAUCCGCCUGAUUGAAAGCAAAAUUCUUGGCCCAGUAGGUGAAGCGCUCAUCAAGGAGCGGCUCGCUGUCUGCUAUGCAUCCAGGACCGGGUUGGGAACCCAGCAGCUGGGUAGCCGAAGGCGCAAGUCGGCGCUUUGGAGUAUACUAGGCGCCGAUGCAUGGUUGGCACAGUCCAAGUACAUACCAGCCCAGCGCUGCCUCAACGAAGCACGCAGAAUGUACGGCGAUUUGCCAACAGAGCAUGGUAUUGACAAAUUCGAGCGCGCGAGCGCCUUCAUGCUCGGAAUCGGGCAGCAGUUGAACGAGAAACUUGAGGCUGACGAGCACGGUGAAGAGUCAACAGUCCAAGACAGCGAUCAGGUGGAUGAGGAGAGCGAAGUCCUCAACACGAGAGGGCGGAGAAUAAGCACAGCAGGGUUUCCCGGCGCCACCGCGCCACCUCUAGAAGCCUCACCCCUAAUGAGUACAGGGCAUGGCAACAGCCAGGAGGUCGUUGAUGUACAGGGUCCAACGGACGAUUUUGGUUAG